UCAUUGCCUGCAAGUCGCGGCGACUGAGAGCGCAGGCGGCAGCUGACAGGCGCUUUUCUUCAGACGGCUGCGGCGGGAGCCCAGCGAAGCGGGCGGCCUCUCCAGUUCGUGUCCCCGCGUCCCGGCCCGCGAAGUUCCAGGACGCCGGGGCAUGGAAGAAGGGAAGAUGGACGAGAAUGAAUGGAGUUACCACGGCGAAGGCAACAAGAGCCUUGUGGUGGCCCACGCGCAGCGCUGUGUAGUUCUGCGGUUUUUGAAGUUUCCUCCAAAUAAGAAGAAGACCUCAGAAGAGAUACUUCACCAUCUUCAGAACAUAGUGGACUUUGGCAAGAAUGUCAUGAAAGAGUUUUUGGGGGAGAGCUAUGUUCAUUGUGGGGAAGUUGUUCAGCUGCCUUUAGACUUUGUGAAACAACUGUGUUUAAAGAUACAGUGUGAAAGACCAGAGUCCCGAUGUGACAAGGACCUGGACACGCUCAGUGGUUAUGCUAUGUGCCUUCCCAAUUUAACCAGACUUCAGACCUACCACUUUGCAGAGCACUGGCCGAUUCUGUGUGUAGAGAUUAAGCCAAAAUGUGGGUUUAUUCCUUUCUCGAAUGAUGUUACCCAUGAGUUGAAACACAAGGUGUGCCGAUACUGUAUGCACCAGCACCUCAAGGUAGCAACUGGAAAGUGGAAGAAAAUAAGUAAAUACUGUCCCCUUGAUCUCUACUCAGGAAACAAGCAGCGCAUGCACUUUGCCUUGAAGAGUCUGCUGCAGGAGGCGCAGAACAACCUGAGGAUAUUUAAGAAUGGCGAGCUGAUUUACGGUUGUGGUGAUGCCCGGAGCCCUGCAGCUGACUUGAAGGAGCUUGCAUACCACCUGAAGCCCUUCUUCUUCCCUUCCAAUGGCUUGGCCAGUGGGCCUCACUGCACGAGGGCUGUGAUCCGGGAGCUGGUACAUGUUAUCACCAGGGUGCUGCUGAGCAGCUCAGACAAAGGCCGAACGGGAGCCCUCAGGCUUGGUCUCCAGGGCCCCCGUGUCUGUGAAGCCAGUCCUUUCAGCAGGAGCCUGCACCACCAAGGAAAAACCACACCAGAGCACUCGGGGUUACCGAAGGGCUGUCUUCUGUACAAAACUCUCCAGGUGCAGAUGUUGGACCAGCUGGACAUCGAAGGCCUCUACCCUCUUUACGACCGGGUUGAGCGGUACCUGGAGGAGUUUCCUGAGGAGAGGAAAGCAUUACAGAUAGAUGGGCCUUAUGAUGAAGUAUUCUACCAGAAACUGCUUGAUCUGUCCACUGAGGAUGAUGGGACAGUGGCCUUCGCAUUAACAAAGGUACAGCAGUACCGAGUAGCCAUGACCGCCAAGGACUGUUCCAUUAUGAUCGCACUGUCCCCUUUACAGGGCACAAGCUCUGACCAGAGGCCUGUUAUCCCUUCAUCAAGAUCCCGGCUGGCCUUCUCUGUGUCUGUAUUGGACCUCGACCUCAAGCCCUAUGAGAGCAUCCCUCACCAGUAUAAACUAGACAGCAAGAUAGUCAACUAUUACUCAAAGACUGUGCAUGCCAAAGACGACGCUGUGAGGUCGACUCGGUUCAAGGAACACGAAGAUUGCACAUUGGUUCUCCAUAAGAGGUAAAGAGACAAAAGGCAGCAUGCGUGACCCCCUGAGGCACAAAACUUGAUGGAGAAGGCAGGCAAUGAGUAAAGAAGCCUGUGACUACAGGGCUGUGGUGUGGACCAGCAACUCCCCGCUCUUUGCCAACUUUUCAAGGUGCUGUGGGUCUGGGUACUGCGCUGCAGGAACAGAACUGUUCUCAUCUGAGCCAUAACUAACAGAGAUGGCCAUGCUGCUCAGUAAGCGUUACAGCUUCUAUGCAAUGAGUUCUGACUGUGCUCUGAAUGAUGUUUUUGGUGCCUUUCUAUUCUUUUGGGAUUUCAAUAUGUAAAGAAAAGUUAUCUGAAAAUAUGGAGAUUUAAUGUUUGCCUGACUUUUUGGCUCAUUUACAUAUAACAUUAAGUGCUCUGUAUCUUUAUGCUGAGCUAUGGUUUAUAUGCUGUAGGUCAACUGGAGUUAGCUACACUGCAUUUGAAAUAAAUGGGUAAGAGCUACAGCUUAAACAUCUUUGUUACAUGAAGAUUUUAGUGUAGACAUUUGCUUUGAGUAUUUCUGAACUUCUAUUCGUCUUUUAAAAUCUUUCUCUAUUAAUAAUUCAGCUUGGGUCAAUUAAAAGGAAAUAAUAUAUUAAAAAAUAAUUCAGUUAGAAUGUAGGGUUAAAUAAACUUGCAGUAACACAGUAAUUUUCAGAAGCUGAGGCUGACCAAAGAAAUGAAAGGAUUACAGUUCUUAGCUCUAUUUGGAAACACACAGAUGCUGUAUAUUUGAGGGCUGGGCAGGGUAAGGCCCCGGAGGCCUGGAGGCUUGCAUAACAACCACUGUUUAUGCAGCCCUGGCCAACAGCAGGAAUGGAAACUGAAGAGUGUCGGCCAAGACAGUCAAGCUGCUGGGUUAGUUUUUUCCCCCCUUAAAGACAGAACAGCCAAAAGACAGAUUUCAAUUUUUAAAAAGUUAUAUUUUAGUUGCAAAUAAAUAGGAAGCCUAUAAUGUUUUAAAAAAGCAUCUUUAACUAAAUGCUUGUUUACAUAUUUGUAACAGAAAGAGCCCUUAUUUACAGGUUCUGAAUACUAAGAACCUUACUGCUUUUUCCCAUACAAGAAAGUGCACAGAGGAGAACUUCAGCUGGACUCUGAAGUAGAAUGAGUUGUUACAAUUUGUUAGGUUAGCAGAGUCAGAGCCACUGGGAACCUGUGCAGACAGGGACUCACUCAGCACCUCAUCAGAAUGUCCAAUCACUACCGAAGUUCUCCCAGGGGCAUUUGCAAACAGACUUUCGUCUUUUCUGCCCCACAGAACAAGAUAAUGAUAUUAUAUGAAGUGCUUAUGUUAACAUAUGGACAUAAUAAAUAAUUUACCUAAUUACAGCUCACAGAAAGAAUGGGCUCAGGUACAGCAAGGUCUCCUGAGGAUCUGGCCUGCACAGUCUUAGAGAAAGAAUCUGCCCACUUGUUGGGAAUUGGAGGGGGAGGGAGUAGGGAUGAUGCCAGGUGGUUUGUGUUUUUCAUACAAAUACACUAUUUAAAACAUAUCAAGACAUCACAAGUAAAAGUGAGUAUAAACACACAGACUUGGUGGCACCUGCCUGUAAUUCUAGCACUUAGGAGGCUGAGACAGGAGGUAUUCCAGGGCAUCGAGAGCUAUAUAGCAAGACUCUCAGAAAGUCCAAAGAAAGACAAAAUAGAAACUUGAAAAGCUUCACAAACUAUGAAUGUGUAGUUCUUUUCUUGAGUCAAAGUCUCAUUUUGGAGCCAUGGUUGACCUCUAGCUCAGAGAUCCACCUGCUUCUGCCUCCUUGAGUACCGUGACUAAAUGUGUGCACCAGCCUGGCUACAUGUGGUUGUUUUCAGUUGUAUUAGAACAAGAUUUAAUAAUGAGUGCAGCUUUAUUUUGAAGUAAUAAACAUGCUUGGGAACAGAGGUGGUGGGUGGUUGAACAACACUUAGGACAUAAAGUGGCCACUUUAUGCAAUAUGGAUUUUAUGAAAAUUAAGGUAGGUGAUGGUGGCACACAUCUUUAGUCCCAGUGCUCUGGAGGCAGACUCGGGUGGAUCUCGUGAUUUAAUAAAGAUUUAAUAAAACCAAGCAGCUAAGAUAGGCAUUCAAUCUGAGCUAUCAUAAACAGCUGGAAAUUUAAGAAAAGAUCUACAUAAUACUUGGUCUGAAACUUUACAAGUAUAGGUACUUAAUUUGUAUCUACUACCUGAUAGAAAAGGCAGACAAUAACGAAUGAGGUGAGAAUACGGGAAAACUGGGUUAUUUUGUAAACCAUUGGGAUGUUCCCUUCCACCCUUUUAAAGCACACUGCGCAUUCUGGAAUGGCGCAUUCACAUGGUGAAAAGAGUAAGAUCAUUCCUUCAAAUCUUCACAGGGUGCCGAAGUAUUCCAUUCAUUCAUAGGCCAGACAAGGUUGCUGUUUAUGGAAGCUUCACAGUGGGUAUAUGCUAUCUGCAGUGGGGUGUCUUUGAGCUUCCUGUAUCACUAAAUCUCAGCCCUACCCUGGCACUUAUUCCAGGGAGGGAUGGCUGACAACCCUCCUAUUUUAUCUUAUUUUAUUUUAUUUUAUUUUAUUUUAUUUUAUUUUAUUUUAUUUUAUUUUAUUUUAUGUCCUCACUUUACAUCCUGAUUACAGCCCUCCCCUUGCAGCCCCUCCUCCCAUUCUCCUCUAUCUUACUUAGAGGAUGCCAUGGGUACUAACCCACCCUGGCAUAUUAAGUUGCUGCAGGACUAGGUACAUUCUCUCCCACUGAGGCCAGACAAGGCAACCCAGCUAAGUGAAAGGGAUCCAAAGGUAGGCAACAGAGUCAGAGACAGCCCCUGCUCUAAUUGUUAGGGACCCACAUGAAGGCCAAGCUGCACAUCUGCUACAUAUGUGCAGGGGGCCUAGGACCAGUCUAUGUCUUAAGAGAGUUGCCAUACCUCUUUUUAACAUGAAUUACCAUUCGGAUUAUAAAAUUUCAGAGACAAUGAUACAUCAUUUGAAUCCCUGUGGACUGGGAAGAACGACUAAGGGUGUUGGACUUAGUAACCUUACUCUCAUGUUUGUUCGUAACCCCAUGUUUUGGGGGUUGGAACAUGGAGAGGAAGAAAGUGUAAGAGGAGGGGCUUUUUAAGACAUACAGCUGCUUUUUCUUUUCAUUUCCUUCCUUCCUUCUUUUUUUUAUUUUUUUGAGACAGGGUUUUUGUGUAGUCCUGACUGUUCUUGAAUUCACUCUGUAGACCAAGACCAGGCUGGCCUCAAACUCAAGAGAUCCACCCGAGUCUGCCUCCAGAGCACUGGGACUAAAGAUGUGUGCCACCAUCACCUGGCUUAAUUUUCGUAAAAUCCAUAUUGCAUAAAGUGGCCAGUUUGCCAACACUCAGGACAUCCUGAGUGCUGUUCAACCACCCACCACCUCUGUUCCCAAGCAUGUUUAUUACUUCAAAAUAAAGCUGCACUCAUUAUUCAGUUCAUUUCAACUCUCUCAAGCCCCCAAGCCCCCAGGAGCCACCAACUAUUCUUUAUGUGUGUGUGUGUGUGUGGCGGUUGGGACAGUCUUACUUGUAGCAUUUGCUGUCCUGAAACUCAAUACACAGACAGACUGGUCUUGAACUCACAGCCCUGAUUAUGUCUCCUCAGUGCUAGGAUUAAAAGUUUGUACCACCACACAUAACUCAUUGAUUUCCAUUUCUAUGAAUUUAUCUAUCUUACAUAAUUCAUAGAAAUAGGACCCUAUAUUACAUGACUUUUAGUAUCUGGCUUCUUCAGCAAAGCUUUCUAGACUCUUUAUCACUUAAUUUCUUUUUAUGCCUGAAAAAUAUUACAUUGUAUAUAAAUAUUAUACUUCAUUUAGAUGCUUUAAAAUAACAAAUAUUCUUUUAUCCCCGCCCCCAAGACAGGGUUUCUCUGAAUUCAUAGAUAUGAGAUCAUCCACCUGCCUCUGCUGGGAUUUCAGGCAUGUGUCACUGUGCCCAGCCAUUCCUUUAAAUUUUCACAUAAGGCUGAACUAUUUUAUUUAUUCGUAGCUGCAUAUAGGUCUGCUUUUCAUGGAAACUUCACUGUGCCUGGCUUAUAUUCUUGUUGAGAGUCUUACUUUUCCCUACCCUAUUUCCUGUGACUGGAUCACUCUUUCCUCCCCCCCCCCCAUCUCUGCUGUUGCUAAAAACUGGGUUGUAUUUAAUUUCAAUGAAGAAAGUUUCUUUGGGUUGUUUCAGAGGUUACAGUCGAUAACAGCAGGGUACGGCAUGGCAGCUGCUGUGCUGGCCGUGUGAGGUGCUUUGUUCACGUGGUGUGGAAAGACACGGAGCAGACCCAAACUAGUUCUUGUGAAUACUGGAGUGUGGUGACUCUGGGAAUCAAGGUCUUCCUUGCGCUAAAGGCCAACUGAGACAUGCAUAUGGAUCUUUAGCAGCUCCCGGACUGAUAUACUAUGGCUGUAGUCAGUCUCUGUGUGGACCACCUACAUCUCUAGAGAACCGUUAUUUUCAUUCAUAGCCAAUGACCCAUCAAAGAGUCCUUUAAAUGCCUAGAUCCCAGAAGAAAAAAAAAAUUCUGACUUUUGGAGGUUGGCAUGGAGGUAGGCACUUUUUCAGUGCUAACAGAGCCCACAGCUCUGCCUCCCCUUAGAGGGUAGGCCUGGUCCCCGUCUAGUCUCUCUUCAGCCGGCAUCAGCCCUCGGCAUGCAUGGCACACUUUUCCUUUGUGUAUGCAGUGGCCCUUCCAACCAUUAUUUCUCCCUUGUCUUCCUCUCCAGUUUUUUUUUUUUUUUUUUUUGGGGGGAGGCGCUAUCUGCUGCAUGCCUUUUCAGCUGUCCCUUGCUCUUUAGGCUUUGGUAGUAAGGUUGUAUAUCUCAGCAAGCUGCUAUAGCCAGAGGGCGGCUGUUCAGGUGCUGCACUACUCCCUUGGGGACCCGUCAAAGCACACUAUUGAAAAGAGGUUCGUAUCUGUCCCCUAACUCCAGCAAGAUGCAUCAAGAAUGUGGGCUUCCGCCAAGAGCAUGGGGAAGAAUGACAGGAGGCAUGUAUAAAGAGCACCUCAGUGGCUCUCUCCAGCCAGCACUCCUCAGCUGCUGCAAGUAUCUGAUUUGAUCCCAGGGCUCAGCAUGGUUUAUUCUGUCACAUGCGGCAGUCUAUGGUGAUUUCAGUAGAGAAACUGAUCUUGGGGUACUCUGCAAUUUUCUGUGACAUCACAAUGGUUGUGACUUUCAUAAGCAAUAAACAUGAGUUUGUCAUACAAUUCAGCAGUUCUACUCCUAGAAACCAAACUGAGAAAUCAGAGUGCAUCUUUAUACAGAAUGUUCAUAGUAGAUUUACUCAUUACAGUCAGUUUCAAAUAAUCCAAUUUUCCUAAACUGGUGAGCUGCUAAACAGGUGAGGCUUAUUAGUAGCCAGCUUUCCACCAGUCAAUAAAAAGAAACAAAGUGGCCAUACCCACCACAAUAUGGACAAACCCCAAACAAUUCCAAGUGAAAGAAGCCAGACAUAAAGAUCAGUCAGGUUACUUCAUGAAGAUCAAUGUCCAGAGGUUUUGUUGUUGUUAUUGUGAUAGGGGCUUUCUCAAACUUAUCUUAUACUUUUCUUCUUUAACUACAUUUAACCUGCUGUUUGACUAAUCUCUAUUUUAUUUUUUUAAUCUUUAAAAAAUAUACAGAUGUCAAUUUGUUACUCUAAGUUUUAAAAAACAAAAUACCACUUUCUUAAAGGUUAUUAUAAAUCACUGAUUCUGUUAGAUGCUGAUUGUCCUAUAAUUUUCACUUAACAGAGGCUUAUUUUUUCAAGUAAUAAAAAAAUUCUUUUAUGUGCUUUUUUUUUUUUUAGUGGUGCCAUUUUUUUUCCCAUGGAAUUUUUUGUUGAAUUCCUGAAAUUCAUGAAUGUAAUUUACUUACAAAUUAAAGAGCUAAAGGAAAUUAAGUCCAAAAGGGUUUAGUGAAAUUAGUAAAGAGCUGGACUAGGAGGGCUGGAGAGGUUCAGAAGUUAAGAGCAUAAGGAGUUUAUAAGUGAAUCUAUACCACGUGUGUCUUUCUGCUUCUGGGAUACCUCACUCAGGAUGAUCUUUUCUAGAUCCCACCAUUUGCCUGCAAAUUUCAUGAUUUCCUUGUUUUUAAUUGCUGACUAGUAUUCCAUUGUGUAAAUGUACCACAAUUUCUGUAUCCAUUCUUUGGUUGAGGGACAUGUAGGUUGUUUCCAGAUUCUGGCUAUUACAAAUAAAGCUGCUAUGAACAUA